UUAAUCUAUGGCCGCGUCCAUUUAAAAUUUGAAAAAGUUGUUCUGGUGUGGCGGCACAGGAAAGUUUACUUGAAGUUCGAAAAUCAAAAUCACAGAAAUCAGUUAAGGAAGUAUUUUUUUAUUUUCUGUGAAAUAAAAUAACUGCAUUCUGCAACCCUUGUGUUUCAUUGAGCUCGAAAUGGAUGCGUAUUGUGUGGACGUCACUCUGGAAUUCUUGGCGGUAGCUUUCCACAAUAUACUGUAUCACGCUUCGAUAUACCCGAGGAAUAUUUUCGCAACGCGUAAAAAGUACGGCAUAGUGGUGUACCGGUGUUCGCACCCUGAUGUGAACAAAUACGUGGAUAGAUGCUUGAAAAGUAUAGAGAGGGCUCUUAGGACUGAUGAAUUGUAUCGCGUGGAAUUUGCUAUUACCGAUGAGCAUUUGAAGCCUGCACUUAAGUUUGCUUUUGAUUUUGAACGCGUGGCUGUUCAGGACGACGCGGCGGACGCGUAUUUGGUGAGAUGUGAACAGAACUUGCGUGCGUUUUGCUUGCAACUUUUGACGGUGAGUCACAGGUUCCAAGGCUUGCCCGCAGACCGCAGCUUUGCGAUCUCUCUGCUCACGAAUGAAUCGCUCGAAGUAGAGCUAGCAAGUAUGCCUGAGCUUGAAGACUUCCCCCUCGUGGAAGCAGAGAGUGAGGUUGAUGAAAUGGACGCCAUAGUGCCGUUACGAAGAGUCACAAUCAGAAACUACAGUAUAGACACUUAUAUAGAACUUCCAAAACCAUGGACAUUCUGUUCUUAGUUCAAAUAAUAGAUAUUUUUUACCA